CAAGUAAUUUUUGUGUUGAUGCAAAGAAAUGUUCGGACAUUUUGUUGCCGAUCUGACGACCGUAGAAAAAUAAGCUCCACAGUGUGACUUUUCAGGGCAAUUUAUCACCUCGUUCUUGUUGCUGUGGGCUGUGGCAGUAUAUAUCCACCACUCAGCUAUUUUGUUGUCGUCUUUGUCAGCAGACAGACAUGAUUUCGGCUGAACUUGCUCAUCUUUAAAACCUUCGCACAUUCUCUUUCAUUCCUGCACUACUUAUCAUGGCAAGACUGAUCCGAGAUGUUAUGAAUAAUGCGUUUGACAAUCCUAUCGAUGCCCAGGACAUCCCAAAGCGCUACGCUAUUCAGAGUGUACAUGGUAAAGCGGUCUGCAACCGUUGCAAAGGGUGCAAGAAGUCGUGGAGUAGCAAUCUAGCAUGGUUGACCUUCGACCUCAGGAACCAGAGAAUUGCAAGGGCGUGGCUGCAGAAAUGCAAAGGGUGCGAAGCCGAGAACCGUUUGUGGUUUCACCCUGAUGAGUUGGAAAACAUGGUCAUACAUGCAGUAGAAAGAUGUAUCAAGUUGAAAGCUGGGAAGUACAGUAAAAAAAAACGUAAGGACGAUUAUGGACGACCACCACACGAAGAACGCCUGUGUGAACGCUGUGGAUACGGAAACAGGAGAUGCUUGUCAAGCGGCAACUAGACGACCACCACAACACGAACAAUAAAGUGAAUACGGAAAUAGGAAAUGCUGGGCAAGCGGCAACUAGACGACCACCACCACACGAACAAUAAAGUGAAUACGGAAAUAGGAAAUGCUGGGCAAGCGGCAACUAGACGACCACCACCACACGAACAAUAAAGUGAAUACGGAAAUAGGAAAUGCUGGGCAAGCGGCAACUAGACGACCACCACCACACGAACAAUAAAGUGAAUACGGAAAUAGGAAAUGCUGGGCGAGCGGCAACUAGACGACCACCACCACACGAACAAUAAAGUGAAUACGGAAAUAGGAAAUGCUGGGCAAGCGGCAACUAGACGACCACGACCACACGAACAAUAAAGUGAAUACGGAAAUAGGAAAUGCUGGGCAAGCGGCAACUAGACGACCACCACCACACGAACAAUAAAGUGAAUACGGAAAUAGGAGAUGCUGCAUGGUUAUAAGGUGGCAAUACUAAGAACUUUUGAACCCGACAAGAAUAAUGUUUGUGUGACUUUUUGGACGGACACAAUUAAUAUGCAUGUUGAUUUAAACUAUAAACAAGCUGAAAAUCGGUAUCGUGCCUAAUACCCAAAAUCAAUAUUGUACUUAACUUUUGUAAUCAUGUUUUUAGACCCGGGAUUUCACAGUUUGUUGUUUAUUACUGAUGCAUUAUUUUAGGUACGCUGUUCAUAUAAUAGUAUAACUAUAUCGCAGCGUUUACAGAGCAAUCAACAAAUCGUUGAAUUUUUUUUAUACAAACAAAACAGCAAAAAUACAUCAAUAGUAAAGACUGAGGUAUUGUUUUGAGGAUCAGGAAUAAUAUUAAACACAGGCAUAUUAAACACAUUCACUGGUGGAGCAGAUUUAACAUAGGAGGGAAAUUCAUUCCACUCCUUUAUACCCGUUGUAACAGUGAAUGUACGAUCUCCCGCCUUACCCAAGUCAUCGGAAAAGUAAGGCGAGGGAUCUGCAUUUGAGGAGAGAAGAUUUGUACGCAAAGGUAAUUGCAAGACACUCAUUAAAACACUCUUGUGCCUGAUUAUUAAAGGAUUUGUAUACAAAUAGAGAAAUCUUAAAUAAUGUUCAAAAGCUAUUUGAUACCAAUAGUGUAAAUCAAUCAAUAAGAGUCGGUAGCAUUGUUCGGUUAGACUUCGGAUUUAUAAUCACUUCGUUUCGAGAAAGAAAUGCAACAAGACGGCUGCCGCUGCGUGAUAAUGCCGGUCUUAAGAUUGAAUUCAAUUCGGAUAAAAAAAAAGCCAUUACCCUUUCACUGGUACAAUAAAUACAGGAUACACAAAUAAAAAUUAAUUAAAAUUGAAUGAAAUAGUAGAUAAUUAAUUAGGGAAAUGGUGGCAAACCCCGAUAAGCUGGGGCUUCGUUUGUGUUUAGGGAAGCCUUAUUGGGACAAGAGGUUGGACCCCCCCCCCCAGCCAGACACAGGGACACGAAACACAAACACGGAUACAAACACACAGACAACUGACGAUGCUUGUAAAGAGUUUUGGGAAAUUGAAUGUUCCUUACAGCUGUAUUUGGCGCAAUUCAUCUUUCAAUUUGGAAAGACGGUCAUUCAUGUUGACCAUCACAGUGACUUUAGUUUGUAACGAAUCUAUUGUUAACGCGUUAACACUCUUAACGAAUCUACAGAGAGUGUAGAUUUGUUACGAAUAAUUUUUAUGUACACAGCUAGAGAUUCGUAAAAAUCGACACUUUCGUAAAUAUUAUAGUGACGUCACACUUUUGAAUGCUAUUUUAACAUAAUUAUUAUCCAAAUUAACGCAAAUGGCUGUGUGCAACAUUAUACUAAUAUAUUUAUAUAUAAAUUAAUUAUACAAUAUUAUUUAAGAAGCUAUUUUAUAUAGAAAGAUAACAUUUAACGACACGGGACGCCAACCGUUAAUACGCGGAGACUCUCGCCAUUGUAACUGAUUGCAUUAUUGCCCCCCCCCCCCCCCCAAAAAAAAAAAAAAAGAGAAAAAAACGGAAAAAAGAAAAAAACAAGAAGAAAAAAAACAAGUGCUAUAUCUAUAUUAUGGGAUGAUAUACCCAGUUGAGCUUUUGUGUUUUAGAUAAACAAAACAGGCUUAAGUAUGGUGUCCCAUGGAAAUAGCCGUCGGAGAUUCUGUCCCCCAUUAUUGGGAAUUAGCAUGGGCUGAGGAGGAUGGUUCAAAAGGGGGCGCUAUCAGAGGACGUUUUCAAAUAGUUUGCAGUGGGGAGGACAGGAUCUCCGGGGCGAAUCUCCUUCCACAAUGGCUUAUGAAACGUUAUAAAAUAACAUAACAUAUAAUUUGCAUGUCUGUUAUUCAACAAAAGGCAUUAAAAUACGGAGAAAAAUAA